CAAGGCUACAACGUUAAAAAACCACGCACUUCAACAACCACGCGUCAUCGGUAUUACAUACGUGUCCACUGCCAUAAUUUGUGGGAACCUUCAAAAAACCCCACCUUCAAACGCCAUGCACAACACUAGCAGUGCUAGCACCUCAGAAAGUAUAGAAACGAAGAGGGCCGGUCGGUGUUAAACUGUUAAUUAAUGGAAAAGAAAGAAGAGACUAAUAAUAACAAGGAAGAGAGGAACAAUGAGGGGAAAGAGGAGGACCGAAUUCCUCAAAUGGCGUUGAAUCACGUCUCGAGGCUCUGUAGAGACGUGAAAGAGUCCAUUGAUUUCUACUCCAAGGUUCUUGGGCUGGUCUUGAUUGAGAGGCCACCAGCUUUUGAAUUUGAUGGAGCCUGGCUGUUCAAUUAUGGCGUUGGGGUUCACUUGAUCCAGGCCAAGGAUGAAGACAGUUUGCCUAAAGCAGAUCGUCGUUUGGAUCCCAUGGAUAACCAUAUUUCUUUUCAGUGUGAAGACAUGGAAGCACUGGAGCAGAGAUUGAAGCAGUUUAACGUGAAGUACACGAAGAGGACAGUAGACGAUGAUAAAAACGGAACAACGAUUGACCAGCUUUUUUUCUGUGAUCCAGAUGGGUACAUGAUCGAGAUGUGUAACUGUGAGAAUCUUAAGCUGGUUCCAGCGGGCUCAUUAGGCAGUAUAAAGCUACCAUGCGAUCGGCAUAAUCCUCCUGUUGAUUUGGAGAACGGGCGUCAUGCAAAAUAAGACUUCUGGUUUUCGUUUUUUUAUGAAUAAACGCAUCAAAAAAAGUAGUUUCUUUCAUUUCUAUUGUGUUAAUCGU